GUCCGCCCUUCCUAUCUGGCGCCUUCUGGCCGUGAGCAGUCCAGUUCCAUCUUGCUCGUUCGUGUCGUCGGCGAGCGCGCUCCUCUUCCCCUCGGUGUCGUCGUAGUCAAUAAUGGCGGCGUCUGGAGGAGGAUUGUCGUCGUCCGCCAACGUCGCGGUGGCGUCGAGCGGGCAGACGGUCGCCCGAGCUCGCUUCCCCGGCCGGCCGUGUACGAGUCGCGUUGGCCGGCUGCGACCGGGCAAGCGAAGCAAACGCGGAAGGCUGAGCUCAGACGACGGAGAGUGGUCCGACGGAGGGCCGAGGCCCGUAAACAUCGACCUCGCGUUGAGCGACGACCCGGCCUUGAUGCUGCUGCUCGGGUGGACCGAGAAGCAUAGGCGGCGGAGGGAAGUGGGCUUCGACUCGAGCGAUGAGGAGGAAGACUUUGGUGGUUUUGGCACAACCGCUGCUCUUUCAACUAACAAAGCAAAGCCACGUAAAGCUGUGGAGCCACCUCUUUCAACCAAACCUCUUGUUGGUAAAAUAAUACCCAAGACCUCCAAAUCAACAGUAAUUGGGAAAAUUAUAUCACAGAGUGCCAAAGAAGUAGAAAAAGAAGGCCUGGUUGGGAAGAUUGUACCGAAGAGCUCCAAAGAAGAAGGCGUGAUUGGGAAAAUUGUACCGCGCAGCUCCAAAGAUGAAGAAGGGCUUAUUGGGAAGAUUGUAUCACGGAGCAUUAGUAAAGAUGUGGUAGGCAUGAAGGUCAAAGAGGAGCAAAAGGUGACGCUUAAAGUGCAAGAGAGGAAGGUCAAGAUUGCUGACUUGGAACCAGGGAAAAUUGAGGAAGCCCAAAUAGCCGAUAAUACAGUCAAGCUAAAGGUGUCUGAUGACGCCUCACCCGCUAAGCGCGCCAGGCUGUCAACGGCGUCCCCGCACCGUCGCCAAAGGAAAAAAAUGGCGAAGGAUGUGGCCGCCUCCCCAGAAAUUGGGGCCGAGGCCGGCACCCAGAGCGGGCCGGAGGCCGCCAUGCCUCUGGAAGGGAUGCCACCUCCACCGCCGGUGUUAUCGGAGCACCGUGUCCAUAAACGACACUCCCGCAAGUCCUUAUACGGUGCAAGGAGGAAGCCGGUCAAAAAUGCCCCGCCGUCUACCCCUUCCGCCAGCCCCAAAAAGAAACGUAUCAAGCACGUCUUUUACGCCUACGUCCCUGAUCCCACUCCUACCGCUCCAUCCGAACUAGAGCCCGGCGUUCAUGUGGAGCAGCACAAUUACGCAACUGUUACUACUGCACGUUCGUCCCGCGUCAUCAAGACGCCAAAGAGGUUUUUGGAUGAGGCCAUUGUGCCCUUCCCGAAAGGUCACUUGUCCUCCUGGCUCAAGCCACAAACUAAGGAUGAGGAGAAAACCAGCACGUCCUCUCAAGAGUCCGUUUCCGAUACCAAGAUUGACGGGGGCACAGUACCUGACAAACCACCGUGUCCACCAAAGUUGUCUGUGAGACCCGUUCACGCCACUAGUCACUUGGACUUCUACAAGAAACUCAAAAGGCUCACUUUGAAGUUGGCGGAGAAGAGGAGAGGCCAGUUUGCCGUGCGGGCAGAUGAACAGGAAAGCACACGUGUGGAGGAUUUGAGUGUGCCUGUCAAGAAGAAGAGGAGACGACGCAAGACCAAACUUACUGUAGAGGAGAUGGACUCACCGGGAGUGGUGAGGAAGCUUGCCGUGGUCAACAACAAUGAAACCAAGCCAGCCUCGCAGACGGAAGACACCGACAAGAAUAAUGAUGUCGUUAGCGGAGAAGCUCGCCCCGCGGCGGCGCUAGCACCUGAGAUGAGCGUGCCCGGGCACCGUGUGGUGGGCCUGAGUGGCGCCAACAAGAGGAUGCUGCACCUGCUAAAGAAAGCCAAAGUGCAGCUCAUCAAGAUUGACCAGCAGAAGCAGUUCAAGCUGUCGCAGAUGAGCGCUAGUGAGUCUCAAGUGGCAGUGGGCGGAAGAAGGAAAAGGAGAACCAACCUCUCUCCCAAACUUGGACGUUCUCAGGAGCAGCCAUUGGGGGGUCCAAGGAUCAAGCACGUGUGCAGGGCGGCGGCAGUCGCCCUCGGCCAGCCACGGGCGAUGGUGCCCGACGACAUUCCCCGUCUCAGUGCCCUGCCGCUGCACGAAAGGGAGGGGAUCACCUUUUCCCCUGUGAUUGAAGAUGUAGCCGAUGACGAUGACGACGAAAUCUCUGUUGAAGGCAGCACUCAGUGGCUCGCCCCACAGGAAUCUCUCCAGCAGUGGCGGCGACGGGGCCGGCGGCGUGGCCGCAAGUUCAAAAAGCGCAAAGUCUUGAGCCGCUACGCGCCCGGCGGCAUCCGUUCGCGACGUUGUGGUUUGUGCAAAGGGUGCCUGGUGGACAGGGACUGCGCCACUUGCGAGAACUGUCUCGACAAGCCCAAGUAUGGCGGGCCCAACACGAAGCGACAGUGUUGCAUACAUAGGAAGUGCGAGAGAAUUGCUGCGGCAAAGAUGGAGCGCAUUGUCAAACAACUCAAAGUCCGGGCCAGGCGGUUUUCGGCGCCGAAAUCAAGCAGCGACGACUGCAAUUGGGGCACAAUAAAAGCUGAAAGGAAGCUGCCCUUAAUGCCAACCAAGAUCCGUAAGCAGUCCUUGCGCAACAUCACCCCACGCUGCUACAGUAACCUCCUCAAAUCCGAGUCUGAUGAGGAGCCAGAUGAAAUGAGCAAAGAAUUCAAGACUGAGAAGCAAGAUAAUGAACUCGGGCUGUCCAUUUGUGAUGACACUCCACCAGAGGCGCUAAGGCAGCGCCGGACAUUUUCCAAAGUAGGCAGACCAAAAGCUUACAAGGAAUCGCAGAACACUGAAGAGGCGGAGCCAAGCGAUAUGUUCCCCUGUCCCGGCCCUCCCGGAAGCCCAGUGCCCAAACUUGGGCGGCAGCUCAGAGUACACUUGUACCGCCUCCCUGAACUGCUCCAGCUAUCGCCCCACAGCCUGGAUUCAUACCCUAAAUACUCAGAAAGCAAAUCGAUGCAGCCUAGUGAGCCGCACUCACUGCAUGCCGUACCGCCGCAGCUCGUAACACGGCAUCCGCCUGAUACACAGCCCCCUUCACGUGUCCUCGUGUUGCGACUGCACCGCUUGCCUCAGUCUGUGGUGCACGCCGCCUUACACGGUUGUAAUAUUGAAUCACCACCACCUCUUGGAAGUCCAAAGAAACAAUCACAUUCAGCUCUGACUGAGUUUGCGACCACCUUACGCUGUCAAGGCGACCCACUGUCGCAGAUGCAGCCCCUACACAGUUUGACCGACAAAGAACACGCAGUGGAGGAUGGCGCCCAAGAAGACGGACAAGAGGGGACGGUGCUGCAAAGGCCGGCAGACUCUGACCCACAAUGUCUCCUUCCUUCCCAGAAUGCCGCUGAGGGCUCGUCCGUCAGCGCCUCUUUGGGUUUCCCCAAUGGUUUUCCCCAGAAGGGGCUGGUGCUGGAAAAGAAAAAGAUCCGUGUGGAUUUUAAGGAGGACUGUGCAGUCCAGAACGUGUGGCUUAUGGGUGGCCUUAGCAUCCUCACUUCUGUUCCAACCACACCUCAGCCCGUUUGUCUGCUUUGUGCCAGCAAAGGAAGACAUGAGAUGAUCUACUGCCAAAUAUGUUGUGAGCCCUUUCACAGCUUCUGCCUCGCUGCCGAUGAGCGCCCCCUGGAGGGGAACAAGGAGAACUGGUGUUGUCGACGUUGCAAGUUCUGCCAUGUGUGUGGGCGCAGGAGCAAGCUGUCCAAGCCUGUCUUGCAGUGCAAGAGAUGCCAAACCUCUUACCAUCCUUCCUGUCUAGGACCAACGUACCCGAAGCCAAUGAAUUGCAGCCUCCCCUGGCUCUGUAUGACAUGCAUUCGCUGCAAAAGCUGUGGCGUGACACCCGGAAAGUCAUGGGACGUGGCCUGGAACCAUACAGACAAUUACUGCCCGGAUUGUGCUGCUCUUCACGAAAAAGGUCACUUCUGCACAGUUUGCAACAAAUGCUACGACGAAGACGGGAGCCAGCGAACGCGGAUGAUUCAGUGUUUGAAAUGUAAACAUUGGGUGCAUCACAGCUGUGAGGGCCUCUCAGAGGAGCUGUACGGGCUGCUGUCAAGCCAACCUCAGGACGCAGUCUUCACCUGUUCCCCCUGCCGUCAAAAUUCUGGCGAGGACGGAUGCCUGAAGGAUCGUUUGCAAAGGCAACUGUUGCUCAGCCUGGAGGAAGUGCUUGCCGACCUGGUUUCUUCAAGCGCCACUAGGCACCUUGCACUCUGUCGAUCGUGUCAAGAAAUAAACAAGGAUGAGUUAAUCGAGGAACAGCCAACAGUGUGUGACCUACAAGCCGUUGACAGGAGGUUAAAAGGAGGGAGCUACACAUCCAUUAAAGCUUUCCACACAGAUGUGGUGUCUGUGCUGAGAAGGUGGCUUAAGGAGGAAGAUGAAAAGCCUACCAUUCAGGCCCGGGAACAUUAUGCUAAAUUGAUGACGCAAGUAUUCAGCUGGCUUCCUGUCCACCACCAAAACAAGUUGAGGUCAUUCUCUGAGGACCUGCCAAGCGGUGUCCUCCCAGAAGCAGUUAUCCCGCCUUCUAAGGAGCAUAGCUAUGCACAGUGGACACAGAGGACAUACCAGCCUAGGGAGAGUAGAGGGGCACAGACGGCGAAAACCCCGCUUUAUUCACUUGGUGCUGUGAAAGAUGUGGAAGCGUCCAAAGAUCAUCGACAGUGUGCUUUGUGCCAGCAAUAUGGUGACUCUGCUCCAAGUGCUGGAGGACGUCUAUUGUACUUGGGUCAGAACGACUGGGCCCACAUCAACUGCUGCCUUUGGUCUGCUGAAGUUUAUGAGAACAAAGGCGCUCUCUUCCAAGUACACACUGCGGUCUCCAGGGGCCGCCACUUGCGUUGUGACCGCUGUGGGCAAUCGGGCGCCACUGUGGGAUGCUACCUCUCUACCUGUCAGAGUAACUUCCACUUCAUGUGUGCGCGAGCAGAGAGUUGCGUUUUUCAGCGGGACAGGAAGGUCUACUGCUACAAGCACACGCAACUCGUCAGCGCAGAGACGGUGUCUGGGGAGGAAUUUGAAGUCGCACGGAGAGUCUACGUUGACUUUGAAGGGAUCACGCUGAGGAGGAAGUUUCUCACAGGCCUCGAGCCUGAAUCCAUUAAUAUGACCAUUGGGUCUCUGCAGAUUCAGAGACUCGGUGUGUUGUCAGAGCUCUCAUCAAAUGGGAGGAUGUUAUACCCUGUUGGAUACCAGUGUUCCCGGUUGUACUGGAGCACCGUGGAUCCUCGCAGACACUGCAAGUACACCUGUAAGGUGACUGAAGUAAGCACCCCCUUGCCCGGUGAGGAACAAGAGCUCCUCAUGAAGUGCGAUCAAGAGGAGAAUCAAACCAUAGUCCACAGCCCUAAUUUCCAAAGAGAUGUAGAGACACUAGAUGGUUUAAGCACCUCAUCCAGCCCACUUUCCUCUGCUACACCAUCGCCUAACUCCAAACUGCUAAAUUCACCUGGAUCCAAGCAGCAUGGCUACACGCAGACUAGGAGGCCAGCGGGGGGAUCAUCCAGACCUCUCCCAUCUCCAGGUUCAGGACCUUGCAAAUCACGUCAAAUCGUCACGCUGCGAGACCUCGAGGACAGUCGCCGCCGUCGUAGACUGUCGUCCAGGAGCCGCUGCAACUCUUCCCCAACCGACUGCGCUCCCAUCCACCCCCGCUGCUCUCCUUUCGGCUCCCCGCCGAGAUCUUCCAACUUCAUGCCAACUUCACCUACGCUAUCGCGACAAAACUCCCUCUCGCCCAGCUGGGGCUCCCCUCCUCGACCUAUCUCCGCUGGGUUUUCGCCUCGCCACGGCUCCCCGAGGGCCAGGCACGCAUUUAAGAUCACUACUCCCGUGUCCGCCGAGGUUCCCCAAGAUUUUCUCGCCUCGUCUGAAGCUGAGGACGCCGCUGUGGCAACGACAAACGGAAUCUCGCUAGCUCCCGACAACUCAGAAGGACACUUGGAACUUCCUUACACCAUGUUCGACACUGACACAGAAGUGGCCGUGGCGUCCGUUCUCAACGCCAAACUGGAGUUUGACGAGACCCUGCUGAAUGAAAACAUGUUGCCGGGUGGCCGGCUGGAUGUGGACAUGCCAGAAGUGGACUCCGAAGACGAGGACAACGGCAUUAAACUCACACGUACUGUGGUGUGCGAGGCCGCCAAUGGCGCGCAGACGUCAACCUUGCCCUCCACGCCGUCCAUUUCGCAGUUGGACGGCGCCGACGACGGCUCGGAGAGCGACCGGAGCGAAGAAGCCCAAGAUACGGCAAGCGGCGAUGCUCAAAUUCACGCCGACGCCAACUCGCCCACAAAGCAACUGACAGUUGCUCUCAAGAGAUUGAAGUCUGUUCACGAGGCGGAACAAGGUAGCAGUUUGCCAAGCGGUUUCCCACAAGGUCCGUCUGCCGCCGUUUUCCUUGAUGCUUUUGACAUGGUGCCAAGUGAAGAGCUGACAUUAGUUGGCGAUGCUUCUACCAAAGCUGCAGAAGCCCCCAUUGGGAAAUUAAUUGCCGCCAAUGACAUCAGUUUAGCGUCAGCAAGUAACAAUCGAGGCGACGACAACACGUCGUCGACAGACUCCAACGAAGGCUUCAAAGAUGACGAUAACGACCCAGACUAUUCUCCUGAGCCCAAAAGCCCGAUGCCUAUGAAAAGAUUAAUGGUAAAAAAAGUAUGCCGCACACCUAAAAUAAAGUGCUUAAUGCCAAAGAAUAUGAUCUCACAGCAGCAGGAAACGAAGGUAUUGGCUCCACCUGGGUCAGUUCAAGUUAAAAAUCUGGUAGGUGCAACUACUGUGGCGCCCGCUCACCUCACUUCACCACGCACAGUCACCUCGCCCAUUCUCUUCAACGGUCUUAACGCUUUAAAUGUCCAACCGGCUAUCAUGCGAGGCAAAAGCAUCGCCAUCCGCCUGGACAAUGCCGGAGCAUCACAGCAGCCAACCCGAAUGGUCAUUCCCGCCGCGGUUGCGGCCGCCAGUGUCGCCCCGGCUACUCAGCCGACCCCUCAGGUGCUUCUAGUGAACAGUCAAGGUCAGAUCCUGCUGAAAAACCCCAAAACUAACACGUACCAAACGCUCAGUUCAAACUCUCCCACCUACAGCAAGAUAAGCCAGAUCGCUAAAAUGCUCCACAAGGGUAACCGGCCCCUCCCCCGCGUCACAGUCAAACCAUGCGCAAGUACCGAGCCUGCCAACACACCUAAGCCCAACAAAAUCAUCUACCGAGUGGUGCCCGUCAAGCGCGUCAUGAACUCCAAUCCCGCAGUCACUGUAUUGCGUAAUCCCGCCUCGGUUUUGUCAGAGGCCGAAACAGCUCAAGCUAUUUUAAACAGAAACUUGGAAUCUCACCAAGACCCUCCAAGGGUUAGGCCCCUUUUCCUCAGCGGUGCUCAACCCCAAGACUCCCACCAGCAGCAACCAGGUCAGUCUGCCGAUGAAGCCUCAGAGCGUCCAAACGUCACGAUUAGUUUGCCAACUGAAAAUCCUCGGACUACGCCCCUGCCUCUGCCAAAAGUCCGUGUAAAGAUCCCGACCUUCACCGCUCAAAGACGGAAGCGGAAGAGAGCAAAGAUGGACAUCCUGAACCAGCCCCGCAGUGAUCAUGAAAACUAUCAUCAGUCCAGGACCCAUCGAAGGCCGGACGUCGCUGCAAGUGCCAUACGCAGCGAUGUACCAGUCCGCAAAUUGAAAGUUGGUUUUGGCCGGCGACAACUGCCUUCAAGCCAGGAGAACAGAAUUGUCAAAAUCAAACCUACAACAGACGUUCAUGAUGUGGACAAGGAGAAUUUAAGAAUUGCUGCUCCACCGCCGCCGUCGUCUUCGAGGACUGAUCCUUUGGAGGCUCCAAGUAGUCAAGGUACCACGCACAGGUGGAUCAGCGCUCGCCACGGAGACCUAGCAGAUUGGUGCCCCAUUGCCGGUUGUAGUUCUGAAGAUGAGCCCCCGUUGCCCAAACACAAAAAGCGAGACUACAUGAACCAGCCUCACCUCCGCUUUGAAAUCACCAGUGAUGAUGGCUUUAGUGUCAAAGCCAACAGCAUAGAGGUGGCAUGGCGCGCCGUCAGUGACGGCGUCCAGGAGGCGCGGGCGGCCUUCCGCCUCGGACAGCUGCCACUCGGCGGCAUGAGCGGGCCGCGGGUGCUGGGCGUGGUGCACGAUGCUGUCAUCUUCUUGCUGGAGCAGCUGCGUGGGGCAGCCGACUGCAAGAGUCACCGGUUCCGCUUUCACCGCUGCGACAAGCUCGAGGAGGAGCUGCCGCUCAACCCCAGCGGCUGCGCUCGCGGUGAAGUCUACACAAGAAAAGCGACGUUCGACAUGUUCAACUUCCUGGCAUCUCAGCAUCGAGCGCCCCCCGACUCGAAUGGCCCCUACGACGAGGAGGACGACGAUUUCCCACUGAAGUCAUCCAGACGGGCCACCAGCAGUGAGCUUCCCAUGGCCAUGAGAUUCCGACACCUGGAGAAAACUUCCAAGGAAGCCGUCGGGGUUUACAGGUCUCUCAUUCAUGGCCGUGGGCUUUUCUGCAAGAGGAACAUCGAAGCGGGAGAAAUGGUCAUCGAGUACGCUGGCACCGUCAUCCGCUCGGUGCUGACUGAUAAGCGGGAAAAAUAUUAUGACGGCAAAGGCAUCGGCUGCUACAUGUUCCGCAUCGACGACUUCGACGUGGUGGACGCCACCAUGCAGGGCAACGCGGCGCGCUUCAUCAACCACUCCUGCGAGCCCAACUGCUACUCGCGCGUCAUCAACGUAGACGGACGCAAGCACAUCGUCAUCUUCGCGCUGCGCAAGAUCUACCGCGGCGAAGAACUGACCUACGACUACAAGUUCCCCAUCGAAGACGACGAAAGCAAGCUGCUCUGCAACUGCGCUGCGCGCCGCUGCCGCCGCUACCUUAACUAGUGGCCCGAGGUAUGAUCACCUCUGAUUCAUGAGUACAAAUUGAUCCACAAAUAAACAUUUCGGAUGGUGUCUUGACACACGGAGCUACUAUGUCAAUCACAGACUAUUUCUAUAGUGUGCACGGGGCACUAUUACGCUCUUUAUCAUAUUCAACUUCACUUUUUCCUCCCAAGUUAUUUUGCAGGGAAAUAUUUAUUUACCACUUGCUUGGACGCAAUCCUCUUUUGUUCUGUUUUUCUUUAUCAAUGAUGAAUUCAAUAGUUUUAACAGUUCUCGGGAAAGCCCAUUUUAUCCCGCAGUCUUGAUGUUCGUUGGUGUGUUUUAACAAUAAAAGCAUUGUUUCUGCACUGUUCCCUAAUAUUUUUUUUGUAUAAUUUGUAAAUGGGAUUGGAAGACAUUUGUGAUUUUACCUUUCCAAGCGUGAAGGCGGACUAAAAAUGAGGUUUGAUUUUUGAGGUUUAAUUUUCCAGUGCGUUCAGUGUUUCUUUGUGUUCUACCUCACGAUGAAACGUUCUGUCCUUCAAAAUGAUAAGACAUGAUUACUAACCAUGACUUGAUCCACAGUUAUUAGAAUGACGCACAUUCAAAUACUAAAAAUUUUGGUGUAAUUAACCCCCCACCCACAUUUGGAAGGGGACUGAUGGUGUUUUGGGCUUUGCGCUUUGUACAUAGUUGUAUAAAAGGUCUUUCUAAACCUGUUACAUAUUUUUCUACCUACGUUUUUUUGUUCAGUUUUAUUUAUGUUCAAUAAACCUUUUACAUGUUCCAA